GCUGUUUUGUGUGAAAAGUCAGCGUUUCUUUCUCUCUCUCUCUUGUUUUCUCUUCUCUCUCUAAACAUCAUUCCUUUUCCUUGUAAUCUCUAAUAAUCUCUUUGUUCUUUUGACAAGAAACAAUAGCACAAAAACAUCAUCUUCAAACAGAACCCCUCCUUAACCUUUUUCAUUUCUUCUCAUAAUUAACCCCAAAAAUCUCCAAAACCCAAAACAGAAAUAUAUAGCAUCAUACAUCCAACUCACCUUCUUCUUCUUCUUCUUCUCCUUCUUCUCAAAUCUCCACAAACCAAAGAAAAUUUGCAUGCCCUUUUCACGUCAACCACAAAAACUCUCCAUAGCUAGGGUUCUUCACAUAUUCGUUCUCUCCGUCUUUCUCUUCCUUUAAAUACAUACAUGUAUACCAUAAUGAAAAUUCUAUUCUUAUCCUUAUUAUCCAUGUCCAGUACUAAUUUCAGUAUUGGGUGUAAAAAUCCUUAAAAACCAUGUGCAGCUUCUUGUUCGAGCAAAGAAAAAAUAUUCAGAAUAUUACUAUGGACGAGCACACCAUCAGUAGCAAUAGUAGCAGUAAUAAUAUUAAUACUAUCAUCAACAAUUUUCAAGGCGAUUUAACCGACAUAGUUCGACUCAGACCUGGCGGAGUAGCAGGACUAGUUCCAGCUUCUUCUUCUUCUUCAAAUUCUCACCAUCAUCAUCCUCAUCUUGAUGUCGUUUCUGGUUACGAAGAAGACCUACUACUACACAACAUGUCAAACGACAACACUAACAACAGCAGCGGCGGAGGAGGCGGCGGCGGCGGAGCCUGGCAGUUAUUCUCCUCAGCCGAUCCCCUCAUGAUGAAUUACUUCGGCGAUCCAUUUUCCAACUUGCGCCCGGAUCCACUUCUCCACCACCACAUGACCGCCGCUGCACCUGGGCUUUUCGGGAGCCCGAAUUCUUCGUCGCCCACAAGGGCAAGCGAUUUGGUCAACGGUGGCGGAGGAGGAGUUGGGUUUUGCAGCGGCGUGAACGGACUUGUUGGGCCGAGCCAUGAAGAUAUGAACAUGAUGAGCAGUACUAAUAGUAGUGGUGGUGGUAUUAGUGGCAGGCCUAGUUGCAAUAUCUUCUCUCGAAUGCUUCAGAUCAAUCCAACUAGUGCAAACAGUUGUAGUAGUACUCCUACUACUGCUAUUGCUUCGAAGUUGCCUUGCAAUAGUAAUACAACUACUAAUACGACGUCGUCUUCUCAAGGUGGAGAUUCGCCUUCUCCGUCGCCUCCGCCGCCGUCUAUGGCUGUGGCUUCGCCGAGGGGAAUUAAUGUGAACAGCUCACAGCAAGGUGGUUGCUUGGUUGACAACAAUAGUAGCGGUGGCCAUCAGAUCUCAUCUCCACGGAAUCCGGGAAUCAAGAGAAGAAAGAGUCAAGCAAAGAAGGUCGUGUGUAUUCCAGCACCAGCAGCUGCAAACAGCAGAGCCACUGGAGAAGUAGUUCCCUCUGAUCUUUGGGCAUGGAGAAAGUACGGUCAAAAACCCAUUAAAGGUUCUCCUUAUCCAAGGGGCUACUAUAGAUGCAGCAGCUCAAAGGGGUGUUCGGCAAGGAAACAAGUAGAGAGGAGUCGAACUGAUCCAAACAUGUUGGUGAUAACCUACACAUCUGAGCACAACCAUCCAUGGCCAACCCAGAGAAAUGCUCUAGCAGGGUCAACGCGUUCUCAGCCAUCGAAGAACACCCCAAAUUCUAUUAAGAACACUCCAUUAAUGAGCUCUCAGCUCCAGAAGAGUAACGUUUCAAGCCCAAAGGAAGAUUCUGCUCACCAACUAAAUAACAAUAAGGAGAUGGGGAUGAUGACUCAUAGCCAAAACGACAACAGCAAUGCAGUCGUUGGAGGUGGUGGAAGUACUAGUUCGACGACAAGUGCUUCUGUGAAAGAAGAGAAUGUUGAUCAUGAGGUACAUGAUUAUGACCACGAGAUUGAUGAGAAGCUUGAUCAACUGGAUGAUAGUUCGUGUCACGACCACCAGUUUAAUAGCGACGAAGUUGUAGGGCUAUUUCCUUACAGGCCAACCAUGCCGGGACCAAACCCUACCGCGGCGUCGGCUGAUCAGGAUUUCUUUGCUGAUUUAGGAGAGAUUGAAGCUGACCCUUUAAACCUUUUGUUUAGUCAAGGCUUUAACUCCGUGGAUCAUGAUCAUCAACACAAGGGGAUGUUAAUAAGCAAGGGUUUGGACCCUUUCAACCUCUUUGACUGGUCAGGAGGAGGUGGUGGUGGAGACAAUAACAAUAACAACACCAACAAAUAAAAGAAGAAGAAGAAAAAAAACAAAAGAGUAGAGAUCAUAACAUACUACUUAUAAUAUAUACAACUACUAGUACUACUCUUGUCUCUUGAGCUAGUUUGUGGAGGUGUUAUUUUUUUUUUUCUCUCUCUUAUAAUAUAUAGCAAGGUCAUAUGGAUUGAGUUUUUUCUUUUGGAAUAUCUUAGGAAGAGAUUUUUCAAUUUUUUUCCUACCCUUUUCUUAAUUGUUUUUCUUUUCUUUGUUGUUAUUGGUCAGAAGAGUCAGAAGAAGAGAAUUGAGUAAAAAAAAAGAGGGGAAGAUAAAAUGAAAGAGAGAAAGAAAAGAAAAGAAAAGAAAAGAUAGAAAGACAGUGGUGAUUGAUUGCAGAAAGAGAGAGGGCAAUGGGAGUCCCUACAUUCCUUUUGGAAUAUUGGUGGAUGGGACAGAAAGCUGAGGAACAGAAGGUUGCAACAGUAAAAAGAAGUACAUCCAUCAGAGACAUGACUAGAAAGCUCAGUGUGAGAUUGAUCGAUAUAUAUGAUUUUUUAUAUAUAUAUAUAUAAAUUGUAUGAAGAGAUGGGACUUCCCUUUCAAGCUUUUCUGAAGAAGUGGGAAAAAUUAUUCGAGUUCAGGAAGGACCCAAUAAUCUUUUCUUUGGUUUGUUUUGGUUGGUGUUUCUAAUUCAGCACUCUCCAAAAUAAAAAAAAUAAUAUAUGUAUGAAAGAUGACAAAAGAAUAUAGGAAAAGAUUACUAAAAAAAAGCUUGACUUUUCUAAUCAGUCAUGUCUAGGGAUGUGUAGUAUAGAGAUAGAGAUGAUCAUAUAAUACAGGCUUUGGGUUCCUCAGCUUUCUGUUAUUUUUUUUAAAAAAAUUCAUAAUUAUAAUAAUAUCCAUACGACUCCAAGCACUGCUGACUGCUUACUGUGUAAAUAUUUUUUUAAAUUAAUUAUGGGUUAUUGUUUA